AAAUAAGGCAACAUCAAUGAAGGAGAGAAGAGCCAGCCAGAAAUUAUCCAGUAAAUCGAUCAUGGAUCCUAAUCAGAACGUGAAGUGCAAGAUAGUAGUGGUGGGAGACAGCCAGUGUGGCAAAACCGCGCUGCUGCACGUCUUCGCCAAGGACUGCUUCCCCGAGAAUUACGUCCCUACAGUGUUCGAGAAUUACACGGCCAGCUUUGAAAUCGACACACAAAGAAUAGAGUUGAGCCUGUGGGACACUUCGGGUUCUCCUUACUAUGACAACGUCCGUCCCCUCUCUUACCCAGAUUCGGACGCCGUGCUGAUUUGCUUUGACAUCAGUAGACCAGAGACUCUGGACAGUGUCCUAAAAAAGUGGAAAGGUGAAAUCCAGGAGUUUUGUCCCAACACCAAAAUGCUGUUGGUUGGCUGCAAAUCUGAUCUUCGGACAGAUGUUAGUACAUUAGUAGAGCUCUCAAAUCACAGGCAGACACCAGUGUCAUAUGACCAGGGGGCAAAUAUGGCCAAACAGAUUGGAGCAGCUACUUACAUUGAAUGCUCAGCUUUACAGUCAGAAAAUAGCGUCAGAGACAUUUUUCACGUUGCCACUUUGGCAUGUGUAAAUAAGACAAAUAAAAACGUUAAGAGGAACAAAUCACAGAGGGCCACAAAGCGGAUCUCACACAUGCCUAGCAGACCAGAACUCUCGGCAGUUGCUACGGACUUACGAAAGGACAAAGCGAAGAGCUGUACUGUGAUGUGAGUCUUUCGUCACCUUCACGAAGACAAGGGAACUGAGUGUAAAAAAACAGCAACAGCAAAACAAAAAGGUGAAGUCUGAACAAGGCACACAGCCAAAGUCAUGCAUACCGGAGGCUUAGGAGGCAUUUGGAAGGAUACUCGUCUUUUUGGAAUCCUGUCCUUAGGUUCGGCAUGUAGACCGAGUGAUGAGAAGUGAAUACAUUGAAGAGUUUUGAAAUGUGACUUGAAAAUAUGCCAAAAAAGAGAUACAAAUGGACUGGAGGAGAUGAAGCGAAAUGCGAGUACCUCCAAGAAGAAGAAUCACACUCUGAAUGGUGCUUGCAUUUUUGUUUUGUUUUUGUUUUUUUUGUUGUUGUUGUUACAGUCUAUUCAUGGAUCUCUGAUUUAAUCCUUAAAUGUUUUAAUCUCCCUUCCAAAAAGUAUAUAUUAAUAUACCGUCCUCACUGGGGAACUGGCACUGUGACCUUAGCAUUUAGUUUUCUAGAGGAUGUGAUCUAAUUUCCUCCUAGCUCAUCAUUAAAAUGGAAAUUGUAUCAGGACCCAUGGGAUAUCCAGAGGAGAACUUUAUGAGGCUUUGAAAUCUUGCCUUCCUGAAGAUAGCUGAGUGAGAUGGUUCUAAAGAAAGACUUUUGCAUCUUGCAAGAUGCAUAGUCGAGCGCUACAAAGAUCACGUAGAUCAAAUAGAAAAAAGUGUCGAGUUUUAUUCAGUCUGAUGGUUCUGUUCAUCAUUGUGAUCGUCAUUAAAAAGUGGUAAAUUGCUCAAUGUAAUAUUUUUGUGGGCUGUUUAGAAAAGAAAGUGUGUGAUUUUUUUUGCCAUCAUUGAUAAAAAUGCAAAGUCAAAUGAAACGUGUCUUGGUUUGACGUCAUAGAAUGAUCCAUGGGGGAAUAAAUGUAGGUACUGUUUUCUUGAGAAGAGGUAAUGAAUGAAGGAACAGUAGCAGAAAGCACAGUUUGUGAGUAAAGCUGUCUGGAAUUAGGUUACCAAAAAAUAUGAAGCAGAAGGACUAUUAUUUGGGGAUGAAUCUCCAAAAUUGGCAACAUCUGAUGAUCUGUUGGUUUAUUUCACUUUCUUUAAAUGAACAUUGAUAAGAGAAAGAUCUGCUUACCCAAGCUUUAGAGAAUUCCUAGCAGAAAAUUAUAUAUCAGUUCUGAUGAAAUAUUAGGGCAUUUUUAGAGAGUGAUUGCUAAACGUCACUUAACCAGAUUCGGCCAAUGUCCAUGUUCAACACUUGAUUGCUGUUGUUAUAUAAAAUAAUCAGCAUUUAAAAUAAUUUACAGAUAUUUUUUGACCAGUUCCUUUUAGAGAUUCUUUCAGAGAAGAAACCAGAUCUGACCAAUUUAUUGUUGGUGCUUGUUGAAAACAAGCUUUCUUUCCAAUGAUAAUGCUUCAUUUUUGAAGUGUUGAAGCUGUGCUCCCAUUAAAUUGUGGCAGGAGAGGAGAUUACAACACUCAGUUCUAUGUCUUACAAGCACUUUGUUUUGUCUCUGCAAGAAAAUACCAUUCCAGUCAUUUCCCAUGAAAUACAGACAUUUUACCAACAUAAUAUGCUUUGAUUGAUGCAGCAUUAUGCUUUGGGCAGUAUUACAAAAUAGCUGGCAAGUGCUUUCUGUAUUUAAAUAUUGUAAAAAGAAAGUAAGUUAU